AUGGCACAGACAGUGCCGCUCCGCAUUGUUUCUUUCAACAUUCGCUAUGCCGCAACAAACCGGGGUAUAAACGAGCGGCCUUGGUCUACUCGAGCUCCACUGGUCAUUGAUUUGCUAAAAUCCACAGCCUCAAGUGCCUCCCGCACCGGCUCCGGAACUGUGAUCAGCCUCCAGGAAGUGCUGAGCAGUCAGCUACAGGAUAUCGAUAGAGGACUCGGCAAUGAUUGGGCGUAUAUCGGUGUUGGCCGUGAUGACGGCAGGACGGCCGGCGAGUACAACCCGAUCUUCUACCAACCGUCGAAGAUGCGUCUGGUCUUCCAGCAGACCAAAUGGCUGUCCCCUACGCCAGAUGUGCCGUCGUAUGGAUGGAAUGCCAACAGCCGGCGCAUUGUCAAUGUCGGCGUCUUCCAGCACGUGGCGACCGGGAGGAGGUUCAUCGCUGCCAACACGCACCUGGACAACGCGAGCUCCGAGGCGAGGACCAAAGGUGUCCAAGUCGUGUUGAGGGUCAUCAAAGACAUCCAAUCCAGAUAUGGACCACUGCCCGUGUAUUUGACGGGCGACUUCAACUCCCAGCCCGGGGAGGAUGCCUACACGACCGUUGUCAAUGAUGGAUAUCUGGCAGACAUGUAUACGUCGGCAAAUACAGUACAGAAGUACGGACCGUACGAAACAUUUACUGGCUUCGAUCCCGCGACGGUGGACCAGAUAAAGUCCCGCAUCGACUUCAUCUGGUUAGGGCCCAAGGCCAACAACAGAUGGACAAUACUUCGGUACGAAGUCCUCAAUAACGUCAAGAACAACGUAUACAUGAGUGACCACAGGGCGGUUGUGGGUGACGUUUGGGCAAGGUACUAG